AUGAGCGCACCCUCCGAGACCAUUCCAUCCACCCCUUCUAGCAGCAGCGCCGUGCCUCCUGUCACACCCAAUAAACCGCCUCACGUCCUCAUUGGUGGUGCUGGUCUGGCUGGCCUUUUCCUUGGCAUCCUUCUGGAGAGGGCUGGGAUCUCUUAUGAGAUCUUCGAGCGUUCUGCUGAACCCAGGCCACUUGGUGCGAUUAUGUGCCUGUCACCAAACAUCCUCCCGGCAUUCGAGCAACUCGGCUUGUUGGACGAGCUUCUGUCGUUCUCCAAGCCUUCGUUCGGCGGAGUUAUGUUGACGGACAAAUUGGAACUUAUCGGCAAAACGGUCGCCUCUAACACCGACAUCAUUGGGUACGACCGCGUCCUGUUCGCCCGCCCCGAGUUGCAAGACAUGCUGUUCAAGAAGAUUCCCUCGGAGAAGAUCCAUUUGUCAAAGAAGAUCGUUACACUUGACCAAGAUCAAGAUGGCGUUACUGUGACCUUUGACGACAACACCACUGUCCGCGGUGACAUUCUUGUCGGAGCCGACGGCGCUCACAGCGCUGUUCGUAAACACCUCUACGCUAUCUUGGAUAAGGAGCGACUCCUUCCCAAGGCCGAUACCAAGGAUAUGAGCAAGGGUUAUAUUUCCCUUGUAGGAACCACCAGUUCCCUCGACCCCGUCAAGUACCCUGGUGUAUUGGACGAAGAAUCUGAGGGUUACUGUAUGGUCGGAAAUAAAGAUACACCCUAUACUCUUGGACUUUCGUCUACCGCAGAUGAACACGCAUCGUCGUCGGAUUGGACUAAUCAAGACAACAAGAAGAUGAUGGAUGAGAUCCGUCACUUCAAGACCCCUUAUGGCACCAUGGGAGACCUGUUUGAUUCGACCGACAUUGAGAAAGUCUCCAAGGUCUAUUUCGAAGAUAAACUCUUCGAGACCUGGUCGCAUGGACGAACCGUUCUUAUCGGCGAUGGUGCAGUGAACGCUAUGCAAGAUGCGGUUCUCCUCGCCAACCAUCUCUAUGACAUCACCCCCACCAACUUGAAGAAUAUCAAGACCGCACUGAGCGACUACAAGAAUGAACGGUUCGAGGCUAUCAAGGAGCAGUAUCCUCAGUCGUAUAUGAGUGCCAAACUCAUCUAUGGUCAUACACUCUGGGAGCGAGUUCUCAGAUACGUCGUGUUCAACUGGCUCCCUGAAUCGCUCCAGCGCAAGCAGUUGCUUAAGGAUACUGCCUACCGCCCCCAAGCGAACUUCCUGCCAGAGGCAGCCAAGCGCGGGUCAUUGGAUAUUAUUCGUCAGACUCCUUCGAAGCGCAUCAAGGAAGAGGAGAAGGGGGCUAAGAAGCAGGCUGCCGCUGCUCUUUGA